AUGUUAGGUCUCAAAAAGUAUAUUAAAACUAAUGACAGACGUGGUGGAGAUGGCCGCCGUCCGAAUGGCGAAGAGAAUGAAGACGUUGGCUAUGAUGGUGGCGGGCGGGACGGUGGUGGACGGAACGGCGGUGGCCGGGAUGGAGAGCGUACCGGAGACGAAAGAACGACUAGUGAUGCAACACGAGUAAUAUAUUAUGCUCGUGAUACACCAAAGCCCAACUUAAUGCAAAUCCUUUCGACAAUUGAUAAAGAUGUUCAGUCAUUCACUAGUGCCGUCGAUUGCACGAAUUAUAUGACACCAUUGACAAACAAGAUUUUCUUUGUGAUGGACAGUCCAGCCACAACUGAAGUAGUUGAAGCCAUCGAGCCAUUGAAACAAAUCGAUUCCGUGUUUGUCUACUAUCCAACAGCAGAUGCAGCGCAAGAAUUCAGUCUGCAAACACACAGUUACCUUCUGAAUUGGUGUGAAAAUGAAGCCAUUCUGAUUGAACGAUUAACUAAAUCUCGUGAAGAACUAGAAAAGCAAACCGAAGCAUUUAGCAUGUACAAUAAAAAAGAAAAGGCUACACGUGAUCUUUCCAAAGAAGCCGGCUCAUUCUUAUUCUUUCAAUUGUUCAAAAUUGUCUUAACACAAAUGCCCAGCACGGAUGAAGCUAAGAAGACUAUGGUGACCACGUGCCGCAAUUACUACCGUGGUAACAUCACAGAAUUGAACAAUAUUGACGAUUUCGAGAAGACUUACAAAUCUGCUGAAGCUAUCCCAUGGUAUACAAAAGAAACAUUUGUCUAUAAAUUUAUUAACAAAGCUCUUCGUACUGAAGAUGUUGACGUCUUGUAUCAAUUUCGUUUCUACAUCAUGGACUUAUGUAAACAACUAGAAUUGAAAUUUUUGGAUUUGAAAGCCAAGCAACAAGGUGUAUUGAAGUUAUACCGUGGUUCACGAUUAAGUGCCGAUGAAGUUGAAAAUUUUCAAAAAAGUAUUGGAAAUUUAAUUUCUACCAACGGAUACCUGUCGACUAGUAGUGAAUUUUCGGUCGCCUUUGGUUUCGCCACAAAGUCACCAAAACGUGAAGGUUUCGCGCGGGCCCUGUUCGAGUAUGCUGUUGAUUUGGAAAAAGUUAGCAAAAUUGUUAUUGCUGAUAUUCGCGAAUACUCAGCGUUUCCUGAAGAAGCAGAAGUUCUGGUAGAUAUCGGAGCAUCAUUUCAAAUCGAUGCAUGUUACUUCAAUGAAGACGAAGAUCUUUGGCGUGUGCAAGUACAUGCGACUGAUCAAGGUGCUGAUUUAGCUGCUGAAUACAUGGAAUAUCAAAAGAAAAAGAUGGUUGAAUCAAAUAUUGUCCUGAUGUUUGGAAACUUACUACUUGAGAUGGGUGAAUAUGCCAAAGCUGAAAGAUACUUCGAUACAAUUCUUAGCUCCUCGAACCCCAAUGAUGAAGAAAUUGCUUGUAUUUUUUUCAAUUUCGGUCGUACGCAUCGGCUAAAGGGUGAUUUUGGUCGUGCACUGAAUUGUUAUAAUCGUGCAUACAACUUACACAUGAACGCUCGACCGAAACGCGCGGCUAGUGCGGCGAAAACACUCAAUGGUCUUGGUGUUGUGUACAGUGAACAGGGACGACAAUUGAAAGCAGAGGAAUGUUUUCAGCGAGCAAUGAAAUUAUACAAAAGAAAUGUUCCAAAGAAGCAUGUUGAUGUAGCUGGAACAUUGAUUAAUUUGGGCACCAUCGAUUGUGAACGACAAGAUUAUGCGAAAGCAGUAGUUCGAUACACGAAAGCUAAGAAAAUCUAUGAUCGAUCGCUUCCACCCGGACAUCCCAAUCGUGCUCUACCUCGAGUCAAUCUCGGUAAUGUUUAUUUGUCUGCUGGUGAUUAUGAUUCCGCAUUGAGAGAAUACGAUGAAGCAUUAAAAUUACAAGAAGCUUCAUUGCCUGGUGAUCAUCCUGAUGUCGCACGUACAUUACAUAACCUGGCUGUUGUUCAUGCCCAUCGUGGAAAUAUGGAUACGGCGAAGGAAUAUUUAGAACGAGCAGAAGACACUGCUAGUCGAACACUAUCUGCUAAACAUCCUGUUAUGACUCUACUGAGCAAAACGAAAAACUUCAUGGUGGAAGAGGUGAAAGAUUAUCUCUACACUCGACAUUAA